GAGUUGAUUCCAAUGGCGGAAUUGGGGGUGACCGGUUUUGUUGUUCUCUUAUUGGCGCUGGCAUUCGAACCCGGUUCGGUUUUUUCGCUGAGCCGGUCCGAGCAGGAGGCCGUCUACGCCGUGCUGGAAGGUGUGAACUCGGCGGUUUCAUGGCGGAGCCUCUUCCCGGACGAUCUCUGCUCGUCGGCGCCGCACGGCGUCGUUUGCGAUUUCUUCACCGAUUCCGCCACCUCCGGCGCGGCGGUUCCCCACGUGAUCGAGCUGAGCUUUGGGUACGUGUCGGAUUAUUCCCCAAAUCCGCCGUGCGGCCCAAACCCUAAUUUCGACCCUUUACUCCUUCUGCCAUUAACGCACCUCAAGAAGCUUUUCUUCUUCAGAUGCUUUACUGAAUCAGAAUUCCCAUUCCCCGAUUUCUCCCCGCUCUCGUCUCCUCCGCCAUUGGAGGAGCUCGUAUUCAUAGAGAAUCCAUCUCUGGUGGGGACGAUGGAGGGCAGAAUUGGGAAGCUGCAGAAUUUGAGGAGAUUGAUAGUGACAGGGAGUGAGGUUUCAGGCAGUAUUCUUACAACAUCAAAUUCAUUCGAUGUUUUAUCGAAUCUUGAGCAGCUAACCCUUUCAAGAAACAAAAUCAAAGGUGAGAUUGCAGAAGCUGCUUUUGAAAGCUUGAGGAAACUGAAGAUUCUUGAUUUGAGCUACAAUGAGUUUCAAGGAACUCUUCCAGACUCCAUUGGCAAAUCCGGUGAGCUAUUGAAGCUUGAUCUGAGCUACAAUGGCUUCUCAGGGAGAAUACCAGAGGCCCUCAAAGGUAUAAAGAAUUUGGAGUUUCUUGAUUUAAGUUACAACAAUUUUACCAAUGAUGGAGUGCCAUUGUUCCUAUCUGAAAUGUCAAAUCUGAGGGAAGUUUAUUUGAGUGGGAACCUUCUUGGAGGGGAGAUUCCUGAGAUAUGGGGUGCGCUAGGGGGGGUAAGGGGGGUGGGGUUAUCAGGGGUGGGACUUGUUGGGAAUAUUCCAAGAUCAAUGGGGCUACAUUUGGGAGGAUUGUGUUACUUAGGGCUUGACAACAACAUGCUUGAAGGUGAAGUUCCUGAGGAGUUUGGGGGUUUGAGUUUGCUGAAUGAGUUGAAUUUGGAGAACAAUAAUUUGAGUGGGAGGCUGCCAUUUUCAGCUGGUUUUGUUGCUAAGCUUGGUGGGAGGUUGAAGAUGGAGGGCAAUUUGGGGAUUUGCAUUGAUGAGGGAUUGAGGUCUGCAAAGGUCAGUGGUGGUCUGAAAGUAUGCAGACAACCUGAUCUUCCCAAAACUGCCCUUUUCCAUGAGAAUUCUUGUUCUUGUCCAUGGCAGGUGGGGGUGAGAUUUUGGGAUUCUCGUGGCAAAAAUAUCCACUUGGAAUCAGCUGAGCCAUUCUGGAGUGAAGGGAACAGUUCAAUGACUUAGACACAGGCAUUUCAUUGUCCUUGGAAUAAAUAAUUGAGUAGCACUAAUAAAAUAAUGGUCUCAUUCUCAACACAUUCCAUUUUUGUGUAAUAUUGUAAUCACCACCACCAGUUUUAGAAGUUUUAAAUUAUUUAUUAUUUGGAU